UAUUAAAUUAUAACGCUAAAGCCGGUGAAUAAAGAAACCAUAUUGAUAUUGCAGCAAAUAUGUAUAUCUACAAAUAGUUAAGUGCCAUAAAACGCUUAAAGAAAUGACUAAUCCAACAUUUCUGAAGGAAAUGGAACAUAGGCACCUUCAAAGGGAAAAGAGAAUAUCUAAUUCCAAAUCUCUGAACGUUCGUUUGCUAUUCUGUUUCAUUUUGUGAAAACGUUGAAGGUAUAUGCUACCUGGCAAAUUACCCGCUGCAUAAUAAACGAUGACAGUAAAGCUCAUUUAUCUACAUUAAGUUAUUUGGAUAAUCCAAACGUUUUGGAAAGACAUGAACGUUAAACGCAAUUUACGGCACGAUCUAUUCCAAUGAAUGUCAUAGGUACAAAAGCUAGCACAAUUAAAUUUAGUGAACUAAAGUCACG